AUGAAAUUCACUGCAAACAAACGAUCGAAUGAUGCUGAAAGAGUGUCUCUUAUCAACAGUUCUCCCAUAGAAAUCGAUGGAAAUAUCGCUUAUGUUAAAAAUGUUCGGGCUAAGUUACUGCUCAAUAACGGGAGUCUCGUUUUUCGCACUGAAGAAUUCGGCAAUGUUUUCUGUCCAACAUAUCUGCCAACAGGAGAUUACCGAAUCAAAAUUCACUCAUUGAUUACUCCAAAAACACUCUCAUCAGGAGAAGAAGUCCAUUUCGAAGCCACCGACAAAGUACUUAUAUCAAAUACUCCAUCAACUCAAACCACUUUUGCCCCGAUAGCACCCGCCCUAGCACAAGUUUCGGCUCAAAGAGUUGGUCCGAAAUCCCCUGUGACUGCUGCAUCACCGACCCCAUCUGGAGGUUCGAGCGUUGGAUCGAGAGCAUCAACACCUGCGGGAAACAAUGAUAUUGUCAAAGGAGCAGGUUUUCCGAAACAAAAUCCAAAAUGGAAGCAAAAUAAGAAAACAGUAGUUGGAAACGGAUUCCCAGUGAAAAAAGAAGACAAUAAAGUAGUGGUUGGAGAAGGUUUUGCAGUGCCCAAACAAGAAGAAAAAGUUGUUGUUGGCGCAGGAUUCGAAGUGAAACCUCAGAAAACAAUGAAACUUCGUGCAGUUGUGUUGAGUAUUAAUGAAAACAAAAAUGGAUCGAACACUCACUAUCUUUGGAUUCUGGAUAGACAUGCAGAAGGCAGAUUUGUAAGCAAAGAUUAUAAACUACUUCAAGGGCACUUCUUUGAAGGAAUUUUCAAGGAAAACACAGCCAACAGAUGGAAUUGUGAGAAGUAUGAGAGACAAAUCGAGAAGUUAUCUGGGAUCGAUGGCGGCAUAGAUUACGAACAAAAGAUUUGGUUCACUGUAACCAUUAACAACUUCCAACCAGCCGGAGGAAAUCGGAGAUUCGGAAAUGCCAGUGCAAAGUAUUUUGGAGAAAUUAUUGAGGGUGAGCCGGAAUCCGCGAAACUUUCUGCUUCUUGCAACGGGACACGUGUCAAAAUUCAGAGAAAAGGUGUCGGUGAGAAGGAUUAUGUCUGGAUGGUUGUUGAGAAGCUUUGA